AUGGAGGAAGAUCCACAGAGUCUGAGUGCAGCACGGGCGCGGUUGAAGAGCGCGAGCCUGAACUACGUGGAUUUGCCCAACAGGCAGAACGAUGAUACAUGCCAGUACCAGAUGUUUGUGGCUACCUGGAAUGUUGGAGGGAAGACUCCGAACAAUCGGCUUAACCUGCAGGAUUUUCUUCAAGUUGAAGAAUCCCCUGACAUUUACGUCUUGGGGUUUCAGGAAAUAGUUCCCCUGACGGCCGGCAACGUGCUGGUCGUGGAGGACAACGAGCCGGCAUCCCGGUGGCUGGCCAUCAUCCACCAGGCGCUCAACGAGCCCCAGGAGCAGCCCGACGACGACGACGACCCGCCUCCGCCGGAGCCGCCCGAAGGCCGGCGCCACCACCACCACCACCGCCGCCGCGACUCCUCGCUCUUCUUCCAGACGCCGUCGCUCAAGGUGCUCAGCAACAGCUACCGCGUCGACAGCGCGCUCGUCAAGACGUGCAACUGCUCCGCCGAGCCGUCCUCCAUGCGCCGCAAGGCGGCGGAGGUCCGCGCUUCCGUGUACCGCGCCGAGGCCGAGGCCGACGUGCCGUCCACGAGCGCCGCCGCCGGCGAGACGUCCACCAGCGGGUGCGGCGACGCCGAGGCGGACAACGCGGACGGCACCACGCCGACAUCGCAGUACGAGCCCGGCGGCUGCGGCGGCGGCGGCAUGAGCUACUGCCUGAUCGCGAGCAAGCAGAUGGUGGGGCUGUUCCUGUCGGUAUGGGUGAAGCGGGAGCUGGUGGAGCACAUCGGCCACCUCCGCGUGGACUGCGUCGGCAGGGGCAUCAUGGGCUGGCUCGGCAACAAGGGCUGCAUCGCCAUCAGCAUGACGCUGCACCGCAGCAGCCUCUGCUUCGUCUGCAGCCACCUGGCCUCCGGGGAGAAGGAGGGCGACGAGCUGCGCCGGAACGCCGACGUCGCCGAGAUCCUCAGGAGCGCGCACUUCCCGCGCGCAUGCAAGUCGCCGGCCAGCCACAGAAUCCCCGAGAGGAUUCUUGAGCACGACCGGAUCAUAUGGCUCGGCGAUCUGAACUAUCGAGUGUCGCUGAGCUACGAAGAGACGAGAACCUUGCUGGAGGAGAAUGAUUGGGACACUCUAUUGGAGAAAGAUCAGUUGAUGAUCGAGAGAGAAGCUGGAAGGGUGUUCCGAGGGUGGAAGGAAGGCAAGAUCAACUUCGCGCCGACGUACAAGUACACGCAGAACUCCGACGCCUACGCCGGCGAGACGGCCAAGUCCAAGAAGAAGCGGAGGACGCCCGCAUGGUGCGACCGGAUACUGUGGCACGGCGACGGCAUCGAGCAGCUGCAGUACCUGCGCGGCGAGUCGAGGUUCUCCGACCACCGGCCGGUCUGCGGCGUGUUCGCCGUCGAGGUGGACGCCGACGACGGGAGCAAGAUUAUGAGGAGCUACUACUCCGCGAACGCGCGGAUCGGGUAUGACAGGCCGGCGUAG